AUGGGUAUUCCAUCUUCUCUACCCACAAACCCUAACCCCAGUCCCAGUCCACCGCUACCUCAAUCGCCACCACCGCAAACACUAUCGCUACCUCAAUCACCACCACCGCAAACACCACCACUACCCCAGGGCCAAACACCAACUCUCAUUCCGCCGACCCCCUUCUCGCCACAAACUGAGCCACAAAAUGAAACACCCAUUUUUGAAACUUCGUUCCAAGAACCAAUGUCUGAACCUGCGCCAACUCAAACCAAAUCUAAAUUCAGUAAAAGAACUAGAUCCUCCUUGCAAAUUCCAUCACCAGCUAUUCAAACCCCUGUACCUCAGUCACCCUUACACUCUCCCCUGCCUGCCACUGCUCUAGCAGCACCUGCGUCAUCUGUCGAUGAUAUAGAGGAGGGUUCGAGCUAUAAAAAUAUAGAGUGGCAACAAACCAUCUAUGACCCUGUUCAGUUUUGGAAAGACAUUGCACCUUUUGGGGGUUAUUAUAGACAGAGGACAGCCAAAGCGUCUAGGAUAGUUGAUCAUCAGCAUCCUGAAGCCAGUGGUAUUGCAGGCCCAACUACCUUUGCACCAGCAGAACCCCAAACAACCACUGCCCCGCAGUUUUCAGCAGAUAUUUUGUCCCUCUUAAAAUCAUUGGAAUCUAAAAUAGCCAGUUUCACUGUCCAACCAUCUAUUCCCUCACCUGACACCAUAGAUAUCCUUGCAACCUUGAAGAGCUUAGAAGUCAAAAUUGAUACCAUGGGUCAGCAGCAGGUCAACUAA